UCCAUCCAUUAACCAAUCCAUCGAGCUUCUAGCUACUUCACAGGCAAGCAGUAGAGUUCGAUCCACAGGUUCAGGCAUGGCGGCUCCGACGAGAGCACUGGUCCUCGCCGUGCUUCUGGCGAUGGCCGUCGCCAACGCCGAGGCGGCGUCCGUCGUCGUAGGUCUGGCCAAGUGUGCCGACUGCACCAGGAAGAACAUGAAGGCCGAGGAAGCUUUCAAAGGUCUUCAGGUGGCGAUCAAGUGCAAGAACGUCCACGGCGAGUACGAGAGCAAGGCGGUGGGCGGCCUCGACGGCACCGGCGCCUUCAGUGUGCCCCUCGCUUCUGACCUCCAUGGCGCCGACUGCGUCGCGCAGCUUCACAGCGCCGCCUCCAACGCGCCGUGCGCUGGCCAGGAGCCAUCAAAGAUCAUGCCGAUGUCUGAGGGUACCACCUUCGGCAUCGUCGCCGGUGACCACACCGCCACACCGUCCGCGGCGUCGCCGGAGUGCGCGUCCAUGACCCUGUGCGGACCGAUCAAGAAGCACAUCAUGGAGCACUUCCACCACAAGAAGCCCGUGCCGCCGAAGCCGGAGCCCAAGCCAGAGCCCCACCCUGACUACGGCCCCGUGCCCAAGCCGGAGCCCAAGCCGCAGCCCCACCCGGACUACCACCCCGUCCCUCCCACGCCCACUUACGGCAGUGGCGGCGGCGGCGGCGGCGGUGGAUACCACGGACACCACUGAGUCCGAUCAACCACCUUCCCGCUCAGCACUGAAUCGGCAUGGUUUCGUGCUGUCGGUGACUGAUUGAGUGACCGCUAUUUAUGAUUAUCGCAUCGCAUGCAUGGUUGGUUUGGUUUUCUUCAGUAUCUGCGGACGAGUUCACAAUAAGAUCGAGUUAUGAGGCGACCAGAUGUAUCAGUGUGUCAGUCAAGUGUUUUCUUUUUCUCCAAAAAGGGGAGACCCGGCCUCUGCAUCAUCAUGAUGCACAGUCAAGCGUACGGGCGAUAAGUUGUUCGUAAUAUCUGUGUGAUUUUGUAACCAAAGUUUUUAUAAAUCAAGUACUCCGUACAUCUUUGUACUAAA